UUGAACUCAAACAAAUUGGCCAUUUUGUUUAUGAUUGGAAGAUAAAAGGUCCGCUGCAGAUUUUAUUUUAGUGCAAACGUUAGACUAAUUUAUUAUAAUUAUUGAGCUAAUUCAAGGUGUCAACUCAGUAAUCGAAUCCAUCGAGAUGGAACGCCCCGAAAGGCCCUCACGGCCUGAGAAGCCUAAUAGAGAUCAUCUAAGGAACUCUAUUAGAAUAAGGAGAAGAAUUACGUCCAUUCUCUAUGGAAUGGGAUCGCAGGACUCUUCUGAUUCAGAAACAGAAGACUUGAGUGUGAACCGACGCUUGACGUCGGGUCGGAGACACGACUCGGGGGCACCAGCAGACACCGCCAUGAUGCGUCACCACUCGUCACCCCCUGCACUCGGCCUCUCCUCACCUCCCUCCCGCAACUUCCACGACGCCAUCCGCUCAGAGCCAAACAACCACGGUGUCAUGUAUGCGAUGCGUGAGUACAUAGGCCUACAUCACAAAUCUUCCUAUGGGUUUUCUUUUAUAUUACGUCCUAAGAACUUCAGCUACGGAGUAUAAGACUAGUCUGGUCAA